AUGUGGGUCCUAGCUGCUUCACCUAGCACAGACCUAAUUCAUACACUGGAGGCCGCGUUGGUUUCCCAGUUUCACAUGCAUGUGGGGUGCCGUAAUGCAGCGGGGAGUGGCGGCGAGGGGGCACUCUGCAGGCCCAAUCGCCCUGACCCCCCAUACUUCCUUUAUGUUGUAGGAGCUCGCGCUGACCAACCGCGAUCAGCCCCAGCCUCCCACAUCGUUGAGCUUGCGAAAGCAGAGGUGCGAUCAAAUCCCCAGUGCAGCGACCAAAUGAAAGAGUUUGCUAGCGUGAGGGUAGAAGAUGCUGAAGCUGGAGUCCACAAAGUGCUCGUGAAGCAUGGGUUCUCCGUCGAUGUACCAAUAGAAUACCUUGACGUGGGACCUGGGAAGUUGAAAAAAUUUCCUUUCAUCGGGCCCAUGGCCUGGGCGCAAUUCCUCCUUGACAGUGGGCGCAUUGCCAAGCAGUUGUGUGGCGUGGCCAAUUUUGUGGAGAUGGAGCUUCGGCUUUGUGAGUUUUGGCAUCGUUAUGAAGCAAUCCUUCGCCGAUGUGCUGAGGAUUUUGCUGCCUUGGCAAGGGUUGGAAUCCGGGACAAAGAUGGCAACCAUCUAUGGUUGAUUCAUCUCAACAACAAAGGUGACUUGCCAGCUUUGACAAAGCUGUCCGGUGCCAAGCGUUCGUUCUCGCAUGUUCCUCGAGCUGCGCAGUCGAGGACGGCCGCGACUGGCAUUUGCCAUGUUUGCUUGGCGGGGGUUGAAGCAAGCCGAGCACACCCGCAAAGCCUUCCAUAUGAAGAUGUCAGCCUUCAUCCAUCAUGGGAAGGCACGAUUGACACCGUGCCAUGGAGUUCUCGGCCUGCUUUGCUGGAAGGGUUGCCAGUAUGUCCAGGCAAAGAACCAUCAUUUUUCCAGACCGACAUCUGGCACAACAUCCACUUGGGGAUUGCAAAGCAUUGGAUUGCUGGAGGGUUCGUUUGCUUGGUGGAGAGGUUUGGCGCCAUCCCCACAAUUGGUGGGAAUGGAGUUGAGGCCAAGUUCACAUGGAUGACACGUGACUUUGGCUCCUUCUGCAAGACCAGGCGGAUUUCUCCUCACUCCAAGGAAAUCUCAAGGGCCAGUUUGAAUUGGCCUUCCAGCCGCAUAUGUCCAAUUGGUGCUUGGAGCAAGGGAAGCAUGUCGACACACUUGCUGCUGUAUUUGGAAGACCUUUGCACACGAUUCGUUGUUGGCAAGACCGAUGAUGAAGCUCGUGGCUCGCACUACGUGAAUUCAGUGAUGGCCUUCAUGUACUCUCAUGGCUUUUGGCUCCGCAAGGAGGAUGGUCAAGCCCUGGGGAGGCAGCUGCUGGCCUUUUUGCAGUGUUACACCAAUGCUGCGGCUCUUUGUUUGAGGGAGGGCAAGCUCCGGUUUUCUUUAGUGCCUAAAGUGCACAUGACAGCCCACAGUGCCAUCCAGUUGCUUCAGCAAGCUAGGACUCCGAAUGCAACUCACGUGAUCUCACCUCUUGCAUUUUCAGUUCAGAUGCAAGAAGAUUUUGUGGGACGCCCUGCUCGCUUAUCGCGAAGGGUGUCGGUUCGUGCCCUUCAUAAUCAGGUUGCCAAGCGGUCCCUGAUCAAUGUGUGCUUAGCUUUCCAACAAGCUGAUGAAGAUUUCAGGGGCAUGCAGUGA